AUGGCGUUCGUGGACAAGCCACAUGGAGGUAAUUUCAUCAAGCUGAUUUGUCAAGGGACUUCGUCGAAUUCCAUUUUUAAAACGGCUUCUCUUUACCGAAGAAGUCUGAUUGUCUCCGUUGCAAUAAUUGCUACCUUUCUUCCACGAUUAACUAAUUGUGCCGAGCGCCAGCCUGCGUUGAAGCGCCUGGAAGGGGAUGGGGACCUGAAGAGACUGAGCGGUGGCCGCGUUCACGGCUUUUGCCCCGCUAUUACCGACCAGAAGGUGCCGUAUGCAACGCUUAGGCACAACCCAGCAAUACUGUUCCUUAUUGUGCCUCCUAGGAUAUAUGUUAUCAUUUCCACAUUCGUGCACUGUUUCUUGUCUGAAUCCUCCAUUGGUACAGGCUCCGUCGAGGACUUGCAUCGAAUUGGCGCAUGGAAGCUCAAAGAUGACAGCAAGAAUACACCUUCUGCAUUUUGGACUAGAUCCAUCGAAAUUGCAGACUGCUAUGACGACGGUCGCCUCGAUAAAGACAUGGAUGUUUGUCUCCUAUUCUCUGGUCUUUUCUCAGCUAACGACCCGAGUGAGACUCUCAAUCCUUCCGCGUGGACUGGGCCGGAACCAAUAAUUAUUUGCGCAACAUCGCUUGCCCAUGCAAGUUUAAUGCUGCACUUGGUGCCAGUCUUGGAAAGCAACGGUUCAUAUACUUCAAGUCCUCUACUCUACUCUACCCCCACCCUGUCUAACCCCAUGAGCUACAGGAAGGCGUUAGUGGUGACUGUUCAACCACUCAUCACCGAUCAAGUGGCAUCUUUGCGAGAGAAGCACGUUAAUGUUGACUGCAUGUCUUCCCUAAGGACCGUAGACGACUCUUGGGACGAGUCUUGGAAAGCAACGGCGUUAGUGGUGACUGCUCAACCACUCAUCGCCAAUCAAGUGGCAUCUUUGCGAGAGAAGCACGUUAAUGUUGACUGCAUGUCUUUUCUAAGGACUGUAGACGACUCUUGGGACAUCAUGCGUCACCUUCGAAGCCAGCAAAAACCCGACAUUUGCUAUAUCACUCCCGAAAAGCUACGCGAGAGCAAUGCCAUGCAAGAUAUUCUAGCCUAACUGUAUGAAGAAAAG